AUGACUGGAAAAGUUCCUCAUGCUGCUUUCUGUGAGGAAUACGACGAGGACGCUCAUGUUAUCAUCCCGGACACCCGUCAAGUCGCCAACCUCGCUGCCAAACGUUCGAAACUCGACCUGAGAUCAGCUGGCGAAGCCCUAGUUGAUAUUGCAAGCGAUUCUGGCUACUCUAGUCGCACUGCCGCUACUGCGAACAGCACCCAAUCUGGCCCGUCGGGCCGGAAAGACCCUGUCCCUCUUAAAAUUGACACGGCGCCCAAGAGGGCCGACCUCGAACGUGUUCGCUCCCACCGCAAAGACCGUCCAAAAGAACGACCUACUCGCCCUUCUUGGGACGAGAAAAUGCAAGUUGGCACCUAUCCAGCCGUGAGCCAUCACCACGCCUCCAUGCAGCGGUCGCCAUCGCGGUCCCGCAGACGGGAAAAUUCCCAGAUGCGGCACUUUCCUGGCACCUGUUGGGAGUGUGAUCAAGGCUUGUAUCAUGGGUCGACCCCCGUUGAACCGCGAGCCAUCGACUACCCCUAUUAUAUGUCGCCAUCCACCACGUCGUCCGCCCACGACUACCCCCCUCCGUCACCACAAGGUCCGCGGUAUGCCCCUUCCGCCGUCCAGGAUGUUCAUGUCUCCCACAGCAACCGGCCUCGCAACGGUCGCUCGUACUCUUAUAAUACGAACAACAACCGACCGGUGAGCUUUCAUGGCAUGAUUCCAGGGAUGGGUGGCGGAGCUAUGUAUCCCCCCAGCCAUAUGGGCCGCUACGAACAUGGACCCCCUCCAUCCUCGUCCGCCUACACCAAUACGCCAGCCUAUGCUCCAUCUUACGGCCAACCGUCCCCGUAUUUUGCCGCCAUGUCCGACUAUGGUGCGCCCGAUCGCCAAGAACGGUCGGCCUCCAGGACGCGGGACCAAGGCAGACCACGGCGGGGAUCCACUUACGGGCCACCCGUUGUCGACUACGAUCCGCCUUCGGCGUAUGAGGAUGAUGAGUCCCUCGAUCUCGGGCCGCCCCGCGCACCCCGACCACGGCUUCCCUCCCAUUCUUCCCAUGACCGAGAUGAAGACUAUUAUCGCAUGCCGCCGCCGCCCGUGAAGCACAAGCCCGCGCCGCACGUUAUUCAGAAACGACCGGAACUCCACCGCAAAAUGAUGACUACGUCAUCGAUCACGUCCGAUCGCCACCCAUCUCGCUCGAUGGACCUGUCUGAGAUGAGAGAUGCUUUGCCAGAGUAUGGAUAUCGACGGUCAUCCCGGGAGACCGUGAUUCCUGCGCGAACCCGUAGCAUUCGAGACAGUCGACGCCCCACAUCCUACCAUGAAUCUUCGCGCCCUUCACGGGUUGCGGUCGAGAAUUCCCGUCGCCGACGGCCGACCGUCUAUGAGUACGAGGAUGGUGACGAUGAUGAAGAGGAUGAGGAAGACGACGGUGACGAGAUUGAGGAGAAGCAACGGUCGGCCGAGGAGUACCAGGCGUCUCGUUCUGGCAAAGUAGUGCCAACGCCGUUGACGGAGGAUGCCCUGUACAAAUCUAAGGCGUCUCGUGCAGAAAGUGACAGCGGCAGUCAGAAGAGUCGCUCAAAUAGCAGCCGUGGUAGCGAUGCACGGACCCAAAACGGUAGUGGCAGUGUGGCCAAGGUAGAGGAAGAUAACAAUAUUGUUAUGACAAUGAAUGGCGUUACGAUGAGCUUUACACAAGAGUCUGUUGGCGGAAAGAAGAUCAGUCUCCGAACAGGCGACGCGGGUGCAGUCGAACUGAACAUCGAAGGGAAACGACCAAAGAAGUACCUGACGAAUGGUUCUGACUACACGGGAAGCGUGGGUCAGAGACAACUAGAAGACCCCCGGCGGGCUCGUCCCGACCGACGGUCCGAUCGCGCCAGUCGGCGGUCGAGUCGGUCGACCUACAGCGGUCGAUACUAG